AUGCGGCAACAACAUGUGGCCCCGCUGCCUGCCGUCGUGCCCGCCGCCCGGAAGGCCACCGCUGCGGUGAGUGGCGGCGGCCGGGGCUCGGGGCCCAGCGGGCGCAGCGGCACGCAGGCCGCCGCGCGUGGGUGCGUCCGCGCCGGCUCGCGGGCUCCGCGGGGGUCGGGGCCGGGGAUCGGAGCUGGCGGGCACCGCCCGCCCGCCCCGCACUCUGACCCCCGAGAAGCGCGUUCCGAGGGCUGGAGCUGGAACAGCCGACCUGCGUGUGUAACUGUGCCGCAGGAGCUCAGAUUAACUUUCGCUCCGGGAAACUUUUGUGACGAAAAAAUUCGACUGUGUUAUUUUCCUUCAUGGAUUGGGAGAUACUGGGUAGGUACCAAUAUUAGUAACAGUAAUGAGAUGGGGUCAUGCUGCUGUUUACUGGUGAAAGGUUGCAUGCUGAAGAAGACUGAGACUGUAGAAACAAGUAUUGCUGCUCGCAUUUCUCAUAGCCCAGUGAUGAGACUGGCUUUUCUGCUUACAACCCCCCCUCCCCCGCCCCCAGAUUUACCCCCUUACCUUGAAUUUCUCCUCUUUGAGCUCGUCUCUAGAACAUAUUAAAAUUGUUAAUUCUCUUUGGGUGGAUAUUAGAUACCAGAGGAGUGGAACGUUUGCCGAAGCAGUGUGCAAUUGAGAGCUUUCCAAGGGAAUUAAAGUUUCAGAGCACGUUGAGAAGGAGAAAUAGCAAUAACAUGAAGCAUAUGAUCCCUUAAAAAAGAAAAUCAAGAAAGAAUAGGUAGAGGCGACAACUCAAAGAUU